UACAUGAAAUAUUAUUGAGCGUAAAUCCAGCGGUCCUUUCUAAUGAAUCGGCGGGGAAUCGCGAAACAGUCAGUCUGCUGCAGCCAUGCGCGGCCGCGCCGGCGUUCUCGUUCUCGCCGCUUGGACAUGUAUUAUUCACGCGGAGCCGCACGCGCCGCGUAAAAUUUCAAAUUCGAAAAAGGAAAACAUCCAGCAGAUCGCGUCGUGCGUCGAAAGUUUGGGGGUGUCGAAAUGUGUGGGCGCGUACGGCCUGUGGCGCGCUGAUAAAGCUCUCGGGCACUCUGACACUAAUUUAUUCUUUCCGUGGGCCGAGUAUUCAAAUUUGACCAACGAGGACCUGUACUCGAGACUGUGCGAUGGCACCGAGCGUCUGCUGCAGCGGAGGUCGCUGUCCAUGAACAUCACUGAUGAUUACACGCUGCAGUUGGGGGUCACCCGGAAUGGAUCGAUCAAUAUUGACGUUAAUGCAGCGAACGAUCCAUCAUCCGGGCGAGGCAGCAUGAAGAAAAUGCACAAAAUGAUCAGCAAAGUACUCCCUCUGUUGGUAAUCCCCGGCCUCAUCAUGUCCGCCAUCUUGCCAUUCUUCUUGCCCUCCCUCAAAAUGAUGACCAUGGCGGCCGGGAUGCUCAACAACAUGGCUCUUUCGGGGGCCGUCUUCACUCUACUCAGGAACAACGUUUUUGACGAACAUAACAGAAAGAGAAUUAUUUACAUAAAUAACGGGUACGACAAACACAAGUAUGAUCAACCACACACACAUGAAAUCAUCGAGGAUCCGUACGAUAGCAAAUUCAAUGGACUGGAGACGCACGAUUUCAGAGACUAUCACCUGUACGAAGUCAACAAUCCUCUAUUCGGAAGUCACUCGCAAAUAGACACUCAGUGGCUGAAAAUUCCCGAAGAAAAAGUAAAGAACGUACAAAUUCUAAACGAAUCCAUCGAACGGGAGUGGACCAAAAGUAAAAACGUAAGAAGUAAGGCACCCAAAGAUACAAAGACGAAAAUAAAACAAUAAUGACUGAUGGUAAAUA